AUGGCGGCGGCUAGGGUUCCUCCCUCUUCUGGCAUUUUCGGCGACAAUGGUUUCCCAUCUUUCUGCCUUGUGUUUUCCAGUUGGAAAGUUGGCCCUUUGGAUGACCGACACAUUUUGAUUCAACUUUUGAGUGAAGAAGACUAUGCAAGAAUUUUUGCGAUGCGUUUUAUGCGGUUUGAUGAUAUUUUUAUGAAGAUUCUUAAGUGGUCAGUUGAUUUUGAUGCGAAGGUUGAACUUCCUAUUAUUUCUGUAUGGCUCCGUUUACUGUGUUUGAAGGUUCAUCUUUUUAAUCACGAAAUUUUAUUCUCUAUUGCUGCGAUGUUUGGCAAACCGUUAAAAUUAUAUGCUCCUACUUUUAAUUUAUCUGGGCCUUCCAUGGCUAGAAUUUUGAUUGAGCGUGAUGUCACUUUGCCUCCCCCUGAGGAGGUUUGGAUUGGAUCGGCCCACAACAGUUAUUGGCAGCAAGUACAUUUGGAACAACACCCUCGUUACUGUGGUCAUUGUAGAAUGUUUGGUCAUGAUUCAGUUCAGUGUUUCCAUCUUCAUCUGGAAUUGCGCAAUAGGAAUGGUGGGCAAAAUCAACAUAAGCUUUCUGUCGAAAAGGCCCCAACAACCUCUUUGUUGGCUGAGUGUGUGGAGCCUACGGUUGUGCCUAUUGUGGGUGUUUUGAAUGUUAGGGGUGUGGACACUACUGUGACAUCCACUGAUUUGAUUAUGAAGGAUGUUGGUGACGGUCCUCGACCUUUGGAGGACUCUCGUGCUGAUGAUACUUUUACAAUUAAUGAUAUUUAUGCUCCUUUAGAGAAUGAGUUUCAUGGGUGUCUGGGUAGUUCGGUACAUAUGGAUGCUACUGUGGAGACUAGAUCCUUACAUGGAAAUAUACAUGCUAUUGAUGCUAUUAAUUUAGUUUCUACUCCCUCUAACACUUCUGGUUCUGGGCCACAGGGGUGUGAGGGGACUAUUGUACCUGAUAAUGUUGUUGAUGUGGGCGUAGUUUCCAAUCUCCUUGGGGAGGAAUGA